AUGGUAGAACAAGCAAAAGCUCUCCUUGAAUGGAAAUCCAGUCUCUCCAACCAAGCCAAGUCUAUUCUCCCAYCUUGGGGACAAUCUGUUCCUAGUAACUACAAUGUCACAAUUUCUUCUUCUCUAUUCAAUCCAUGCAAUUGGACAGGAAUUGCUUGCAACAUUAAUGGAAGCAUCACGAAAAUAAGCCUACCAAACAUGGGUUUGAAAGGUACACUACUCAACUUCAGCUUCUCUUCCUUCCUGGGUCUUUCCCAUCUUAAUCUCUCCAAUAAUAGCCUUUUUGGUACUAUUCCUUCCCACACCAGUGAACUUCCCAAACUCGCCUACCUUGAUUUGUCUAUCAACCAGUUUUCCGGAGGUAUCCCACAAGAAAUCAGCUUCCUUGAAACUCUCCAAAUUUUGUAUCUCCACCAAAAUCACUUGAAUGGUUCCAUCCCAGCAUCAUUGGGCAAUUUGAGUAACAUGACUGUUCUUUACCUGUAUCAAAAUCACUUGUCUGGUCCUAUUCCUCCAGAAAUAGAAAACUUGACAAAUCUUCAAGAUCUCAAUUUGUCUACUAACCAUCUAACAGGGUCCAUUCCUUCAGCUUUGGAAAACUUGACCAAGCUCACCAGCUUGGAUCUGUCUAAUAAUUCAUUAUCAGGUUUCAUUCCAGCAUUUCUGUGUAGCUUAAGCAACCUGACAAGACUAUUCCUUAAUAGAAAUGAGCUAUCUGGUCCCAUUCCUCAACAAAUAGAAAAUUUGAAAAAUCUUGUUAGGCUAAAACUGUCAAAUAACCAUCUAUCAGGUUCCGUUCCUCAUGAAUUAGGCAAUCUCACAAAGUUGGUUUCAGUACAUCUGUAUUUAAACAAUUUCUCUGGUCAUUUUCCGCCACAUAUAUGCAAGGGUGGAUUACUUCGCAGAUUCAUAGUACAUACCAAUCAUUUUGGAGGACCCAUUCCAGAAAGCCUGAGAAAUUGCAGAAGCUUGGUCAGAGUUCGACUUGAAAACAACCAAUUCAGUUCAAAUGUUUCAGAGGCUUUUGGCGUGUACCCAAAUUUGGACUACAUUGACGUAAGCCAUAACAAAUUGUAUGGUGAGCUCUCACAAAACUGGGGAGAUUGCUCAAGUUUAACAGAUCUACGAAUGUCUGCAAAUAAGAUCACUGGCAGGAUACCAUCUGGGUUUGGGAGGUUAACUCAUUUGGGCAUUCUUGACCUUUCAUCAAACCAUCUAGAGGGAGAGAUCCCAAAAGAAAUAGGAAAGAUGGUAUCUCUGAACAACUUGAGUUUGGAAAAUAAUCAACUCUCUGGUAGGUUACCUGUGCAAAUUGAAAUGUUGUCCAAGCUACAACGUCUUGACCUAUCAAACAACCUUUUGAGUGGUCCAAUACCUGAACAAAUAGGGAACUGCGUCGAACUAAUAUAUCUGAAUCUCAAGAGAAAUAGAUUUAGUGAAAAUAUUCCUUUCCAAAUUGGUAAUCUUGUUCAUCUCCAAUAUUUAUUGGAUCUUUGUGAAAACAAUAUCACAGGAGAAAUACCUUCACAACUUGGCCACCUGACAUCUUUGGAAAAUCUAAAUCUCUCUCACAAUAAGUUUCUGGUUUGA